CAAACGGAGAGGCAUCACUAACGCCAAGACUCUUCUGUCACUCACAUCGCACCUGGAAUAGCAGAGAGUUGCAUCAACGAAAUGAACAAAUACGAUAAUUCGGCCGCGUUAUACUCGCCGGACGGAAGGGUCCUGCAGGUUGAGUACGCCACCAGGGCGGUGGGCAAUAGCUUCACCGCAAUCGGGAUCCGGGGCAAGGACGCCGUGGUGCUGGCCGUGGACAAGAUCAUCAGGAGCUCCCUGUACGAGCCGGACGCCGACGGACGCAUCCUCACCCUCGAGAGGAACAUUGGCAUGGCCAUGGCUGGCUUCACGCCCGAUGGCCACUUUGUGGCGGAAAUCGCCCGCCAGGAAGCCGCCAAUUACCGGCUCCGAUUGCACGCCGGCAUUCCGAUCAAAGACCUGUGCGAGCGGGUGGCCAGCUUCGUCCACGCCAACACCAUGAAUGGAAUACACCGUCCCCUCGGCCUAUCCGCCAUCUUGGCCUCGUGGGACGCCCAUGCGGGACCGCAGCUGUUCCGGGUCGAUCCGGACGGCUCCUACCGGGAGUACUACGCCUGCGCCAUUGGCAGGGGGAAGCCGCAGGCCAUGCGGGAAUUCGAUAGGCAGGAUAAUAUGACAAACAUGGAGACCAAGGAGCUGGUGAAGGCUGCCGGCGAGAUUAUUUACAAAAGCCACUUCGACAGACAACAGAGGGACUUCCUCUUCGAGAUGGGCAUUGUGGGCGAGGCCACCAAGGGAAUCCAUCUCAUCAAUCCCACCGAGCUCACCGAGAUGGCUCGCUUUGCCGGUUCAGAAGCCCUCUCCAAUGCCUCAUCCUCCAGCGAUGAUCCAUUCUUUUAGAUAAAUCACUAUUUGGUUUGAUUUGA